AUGGCCGACGGCUGCACAGCAACUGCACCGACCGAGACGGUGAUCCCUCUGUGCUCAAAACCGGAGCUGUUAACACGGGUGUCCCUGAGGGCUCUCAAGCCCCCACGAAACGACUCUGGAACAAGUAAGCUGACAGGAGAGGACCAUAACAGCCAGCACUUCCUCCACAUGCCCAUGCCAAAGCUGCAACCCCAGAAGCGCACUGUGCAAGCAAGCCUCACUAACGACCAGGGCUGGAAGAACAAACAGGACAAUCAACUUAACCCACAGACCGCAUGGUGCUACAGCCCUCGACAGCACAUCAAGGCUAACAAGGCAAGGCAAACAUACCCAGCAACUGGGAUGACACGGCGGGACAUUAGGACCCAGUGGAACUCAUGGGGUUAUCUCAAGGGACUCUCCCCACGCCUGGACAUGGAACACGACCCCAGUGCCUCCUGCUUUGCGCUGGGAUGGAGCUGGCAGAGACUCCAGCCAUCCACAAUUUACUCCAAACCAGCCUGCACUGAGGCGACACAGAAACCAGCAUACCCGAGCAGCCAUCACCAAACCCUCUACAAUGGCGGUCACCAGCCCCCGGAUGAACAAGAGAGGCAAGCGCAACAAGCUACAGCGAAAACGCAAGAGAUCACAGCAAGCAACCCAAUGCACAACAUGAAGGGACUGUGCCCUAAAGCCUGCUCUGAUUGA